CACUGUGACCUCUGGACUCUUUUCUCUCUCACCUCCUGGAACACGCGGACAAGUCCAGUCCGUUUUGAUUUUCUUCUUCUGUGGUUUUAAAAACGGAUAAAAUCAUGAAGGGGAUUUUAUUCUUAGAAUUUGGAUUUACCAGAAAGUUUCCUGCUCUUGAGGUCUGAGGCUUUAACAGGGUCAUGUCUGCAGCAGGAGGAGGAUUUUACUGAAUGAACUCCCUGAUUUUAUUUCCUGUUGGGUCGUGAUAAAGGACUUUAGAGUUAUUCAUCUCGUCGUCUCAGGAUCUGCAGCUCUUCUUCUUCUUUUCCCGCUCAUGUUAAAGUGAAACUAUGACUCACAUAUUUUCUGCUCGGCCCGCCGUCUCUGAGCUCUCUGUGGGUUGAUCUGCAGGUUUUUUACCCAUCAGGCCCUGCUCUACUACAGUUAUUUCUGUCUGGGUUGUGUUGAGUUUUUGGAUAUGAUGGAGGCGGAGUGGGCGUCGGCCGAGCCGGUUCACCAGCAGCAGAGCUAUAACCUGCUGGAGGGACGGUUCAAACAGCUGCAAGAUGAGCGUGAGGCGGUGCAGAAGAAGACGUUCACCAAAUGGGUGAACUCUCACCUCUCCAGGGUGUCGUGCAGGAUCACGGACCUUUACAUGGACCUGAGAGACGGACGGAUGCUCAUCAAACUGCUGGAGGUUUUAUCAGGAGAGAGACUGCCGAAGCCCACCAAAGGCCGGAUGCGGAUCCACUGUCUGGAGAACGUGGACAAAGCGCUGCAGUUCCUGAAGGAGCAGCGGGUUCACCUGGAGAACAUGGGCUCACACGACAUUGUGGACGGAAACCACCGCCUGACGCUGGGCCUCAUCUGGACUAUCAUCCUCCGCUUCCAGAUCCAGGACAUCAGUGUGGAGACUGAAGACAACAAAGAGAAGAGAUCAGCCAAAGAUGCUCUGCUGCUCUGGUGUCAGAUGAAGACUGCAGGGUAUCCAAAUGUGAACAUCCACAACUUCACAACCAGCUGGAGAGACGGGAUGGCCUUCAACGCCCUCAUCCACAAACACAGACCCGAUCUGAUCGACUUCGACAAGCUGAAGAAAUCCAACGCUCACUACAACCUGCAGAAUGCCUUCAACCUGGCCGAGCAACACCUGGGCCUCACCAAGCUGCUGGACCCCGAGGACAUCAGUGUGGACCAUCCUGAUGAGAAGUCGGUCAUCACCUACGUGGUCACCUAUUAUCACUAUUUCUCCAAGAUGAAGGCUCUGAAGGUGGAGGGCAAACGUAUCGGGAAGGUUUUGGACAACGCCAUCGAGACGGAGAAGAUGAUUGAGAAGUACGAGUCUCUGGCCUCAGACCUGCUGGAGUGGAUCGAACAGACCAUCAUCAUCCUCAACAACAGGAAGUUUGCCAACUCUCUGCUGGGCGUGCAGCAGCAGCUCCAGGCCUUCAACACGUACAGGACAGUGGAGAAACCUCCAAAGUUCACAGAGAAAGGAAACCUGGAGGUUCUACUCUUCACCAUCCAGAGUAAGAUGAGAGCCAAUAAUCAGAAGGUGUACAUGCCCCGUGAGGGAAAACUCAUCUCCGACAUCAACAAGGCCUGGGAACGACUGGAGAAGGCGGAGCAUGAGAGGGAGCUGGCUCUGAGGACGGAGCUGAUUCGUCAGGAGAAACUGGAACAACUGGCCAGACGCUUCGACCGCAAGGCGGCCAUGAGAGAGACGUGGCUGAGCGAAAACCAGAGGCUGGUGUCACAGGACAACUUUGGUUUCGACCUGCAAGCUGUUGAGGCAGCCACCAAGAAACACGAGGCCAUAGAGACGGACAUCGCAGCGUACGAGGAGCGUGUUCAGGCCGUGGUGGCUGUGGCGAAGGAGCUGGAUGUCGAGCAUUACCACGACAUCAAACGCAUCAAUGCGAGGAAGGACAACGUGAUCCGUCUGUGGGAGUAUCUGCUGGAGCUGCUGAAGGCUCGCCGCCAGAGGCUGGAGAUGAACCUGGGUCUGCAGAGAGUCUUCCAGGAGAUGCUCUACAUCAUGGACUGGAUGGAUGAGAUGAAGAUGUUGCUGCUGUCUCAGGAUUAUGGGAAACAUCUGCUCGGCGUGGAGGACCUGCUGCAGAAACACGCUCUGGUCGAGGCUGACAUCGCCAUCCAGGCCGACCGAGUGAAGGCCGUCUCAACCAACGCCAACAAGUACUCCGUCAACGAUGACGGUUACAAGCCGUGCGACCCUCAGGUGAUCCAGGACCGGGUCUCUCACCUGGACUUCUGCUACCAGGAGCUGACCCAGCUGGCCGCAGAGCGCCGUGCCCGCCUGGAGGAGUCCCGCCGCCUCUGGAAGUUCUUCUGGGAGAUGGCGGAGGAGGAGGGCUGGAUCAGAGAGAAGGAGCAGAUCCUGUCGUCUGUAGAGCACGGGAAAGACCUGACAGGGGCACUGCGUCUGCUCAGCCAGCAGCGCGCCCUAGAGGACGAGAUGAGCGGCCGUGCUGGUCACCUGCAGCACUCCAUCGCAGAGGGCCAGGCUAUGGUGGAGGCCGGACACUUCGCCUCAGCAAAGAUCCAGGACCGCAUCGCCGACCUGAAGGCUCAGUGGGCGGGUCUAGAGCAGCUGGCCGCUGUGAGGAAGAAGAAGCUAGAGCAGGCGCUGGCCCUACACCAGUUCCAGGCCGACGCAGAUGAUGUGGACGCCUGGACACUGGAUGCCCUGCGGAUCGUCUCCAGUGGAGAGACGGGCCACGACGAGUUCUCUACCCAGGCUCUGGUCAGGAAGCACAAAGACGCCGCCGCUGAGGUUGCCAGCUACCGUCCGGUCAUUGACUCGCUGCACGAGCAGGCUGCCUCCUUGCCCACAGAGGAGGUGGAGUCUGAGGAGGUGCGAGGUCGACUGGCGGGCAUCGAGGAGCGCUACAAGGAGGUGUCAGAGCUGACGAAGCUGAGGAAGCAGGCGCUGCAGGACGCACUGGCGCUCUACAAGAUGUUCAGCGAAGCCAAUGCCUGCGAGGUGUGGAUCGACGAGAAGGAGCAGUGGCUGAACAGCAUGGAGAUCCCCGAGAAACUGGAGGACCUGGAGGUCAUCCAGCACAGGUUCGAGAGUCUAGAGCCAGAGAUGAACAACCAGGCCUCACGGGUCGCCGUGGUUAACCAGAUUGCCCGCCAGUUGAUGCACAAUGGACACCCGAGUGAGAAGGAGAUCAAGAGUCAACAGGACAAACUCAACAACAGGUGGAGUCAGUUCCGUGAUCUGGUGGAUCAGAAGAAGGAGUCAUUGAAUUCGGCGCUUGGCGUGCAGAACUACCACCUGGACUGUAACGAGACGACGUCGUGGAUCAAGGAGAAGACCAAAGUCAUCGAGUCAACCCAGGAGCUGGGGAACGACCUGACCGGCGUUAUGGCUCUGCAGCGUAAACUCACUGGCAUGGAGCGCGACCUGGCCGCCAUCGAAGACAAGCUGGGCGACCUGCGGGGUGAGGCAGACCGUCUUGGCGAGGAGCACCCGGAGCAGGCCAAAGCCAUCACGGGCCGUCUCUCUGAGAUCUCAGCAGUGUGGGAGGAGAUGAAGAACACCCUGAAGAACCGUGAGGAGUCUCUCGGAGAGGCCAGGAAGCUGCAGCAGUUCCUGCGUGAGCUGGACGACUUCCAGUCAUGGCUCUCUCGCACUCAGACCGCCAUCGCCUCCGAGGACAUGCCCAACACGCUGGCUGAAGCUGAGAAGCUCAUGGCCCAGCACGAAGGCAUCAAGAAUGAGAUCCAGAACUAUGAAGAGGACUACCAGAAGAUGAGGGACAUGGGGGAGAUGGUGACGCAGGGCCAGACGGACGCUCAGUACAUGUUCCUGCGACAGCGGCUACAGGCGCUUGACACAGGCUGGAACGAGCUGCACAAGAUGUGGGAGAACCGGCAGAACCUGCUGUCCCAGUCCCACGCCUACCAGCUCUUCCUGAGGGACACCAAGCAGGCCGAGGCCUUCCUCAACAACCAGGAGUACGUCCUCGCUCACACCGAGAUGCCGACUACGCUCGAAGCGGCCGAAGCUGCUAUCAAGAAGCAGGAGGACUUCAUGACCACCAUGGACGCCAACGAGGAAAAGAUCAACGGCGUGGUAGAGGCCGGCAGGCGUCUGGCCAGUGACGGGAACAUCAACGCCGAAAAAAUCCAGGAGAGAGUCGCCUCCAUCGACGACAGGCAUAAGAAGAACAGGGAGGCUGCAGUAGAGCUGCUGAUGAGACUAAAAGACAACAGAGACCUCCAGAAGUUUCUACAGGACUGCCAGGAGUUGUCUCUAUGGAUCAACGAAAAGAUGCUCACGGCUCAGGACAUGACAUACGACGAGGCCAGGAAUCUGCACAGCAAGUGGCUGAAGCACCAGGCGUUCAUGGCUGAGCUGCAGUCCAACAAAGAGUGGCUUGACAAGAUCCAGAAGGACGGCAUGCUUCUGGUGUCAGAGAAGCCAGAGACAGAGGCCGUGGUGAAAGAGAAGCUAUCUGCGCUUCACACCAUGUGGGCAGAGCUUGAGUCGACCACGCAGACCAAAGCUCAGUGUCUGUUCGAUGCCAACAAAGCGGAGCUGUUCACUCAGAGUUGUGCCGACCUGGACAAGUGGCUGGGAGGGCUGGAGGGUCAGAUACAAUCGGACGACUAUGGCAAAGAUCUGACGUCUGUCAACAUCCUCCUCAAAAAGCAACAGAUGCUGGAGAACCAGGUGGAGGUGCGUCAGAGGGAGGUGGUGGAGCUGCAGAGCCAGGUGAAGGCUCUCGGUCAGGAGGUGAAGGAUACAGAUGAGGUGGACGGGCGGAGGCAGGUGGUGGAGAAGAAGUUCCAGGAGCUGCUGGAGCCGCUGAGACGCCGCAGGAACUUCCUGGUGGCGUCCCGAGAGGUCCACCAGUUCAACCGCGAUGUGGAGGAUGAGAUCCUGUGGGCUCAGGAGAGGAUGCCUGUGGCCAUGUCUACUGAUCACGGACACAACCUGCAGACUGUCCAGCUGCUCAUCAAGAAGAACCAGACUCUGCAGAAGGAGAUCCAAGGCCAUCAGCCUCGUAUCGACGACAUCCUGGAGCGCAGCGCCACCCUCCUGCAGGACGAGUCAGCGAGCGCCCAGGUGAUGCGGCAGCGUCUCGCGGACCUGCAGGAGCUGUGGAAUCAGCUGAAGGAGGAGACGGAGAGCCGUCACGGUCGCCUGGAGGAGGCGCACAAAGCGCAGCAGUACUACUUUGACGCCGCCGAGGCUGAGGCCUGGAUGAGCGAGCAGGAGCUGUACAUGAUGUCAGAGGAGAAGGCCAAGGAUGAGCAGAGCGCCGUCACCAUGCAGAAGAAACAUCAGAUCGUGGAGCAGGCAGUGGAAGACUACGCUGAGACUGUCCACCAACUGUCCAAGACGAGCAGAGGGCUGGUGGCUGACGGACACCCUGAGAGCGAGCGCAUCAGCAUGCGGCAGUCUCAGGUCGAUAAGCUGUACGCCGGUCUAAAGGAUCUUUCAGAAGAGAGGCGGGGCAAACUGGAUGAGAGACUCCGCCUCUUCCAGCUGAACCGUGAGGUGGAUGACCUGGAGCAGUGGAUCGCUGAGAGAGAGGUGGUGGCUGGGUCACAUGAGCUGGGACAGGACUACGAACACGUCACGAUGUUGCAGGAGCGUUUCCGCGAAUUUGCCAGGGACACCGGGAACAUCGGUCAGGAGCGUGUGGACGCCGUCAACCGUCUUGCUGACGAGCUGAUCAACACAGGUCACGGGGAUGCGGCGACGGUGGCGGAGUGGAAGGACGGGCUGAACGAGGCGUGGGCCGACCUGCUGGAGCUUAUAGACACCCGGACGCAGAUCCUCGCCGCCUCCUUCGAGCUCCACAAGUUCUACCACGACGCCAAGGAGAUCCUGGGACGCAUCCUGGACAAACAGAAGAAGCUGCCGGAGGAAGUGGGGCGGGACCAGAACACGGUAGAGACGCUGCAGAGGAUGCACACAACCUUCGAACACGACAUCCAGGCCCUGGGAACGCAGGUGAGGCAGCUGCAGGAGGACGCUGUGCGCCUUCAGUCAGCCUAUGCUGGAGACAAAGCGGACGACAUCCAGCGGAGGGAGAGCGAGGUUCUGGAGGCCUGGAGGGUCCUGCUGGAGGCCUGUGAUGGACGCAGACUCCGCCUCCUGGACACCGGGGACAAGUUCCGGUUCUUCAGCAUGGUGAGGGACCUGAUGCUGUGGAUGGAGGACGUGAUCCGGCUUAUUGAGGCCCAGGAGAAUCCCAGGGACGUGUCGUCGGUGGAGCUGCUGAUGAACAACCAUCAGGGCAUUAAGGCGGAGAUCGACGCCCGUAACGACAGCUUCACUGCGUGCAUCGAGCUGGGGAAGGCCCUGCUGGCCAGAAAACACUACGCCUCAGAGGAGAUCAAGGAGAAGCUGCUGCAGCUGACCGAUAAGAGGAAAGAGAUGAUUGACAAGUGGGAGGACCGAUGGGAAUGGCUACGACUCAUCCUUGAGGUGCACCAGUUCUCUCGGGAUGCCGGCGUGGCGGAGGCGUGGCUUCUGGGUCAGGAGCCGUACCUGUCGAGCAGAGAGAUGGGUCAGAGCGUGGACGAGGUGGAGAAGCUCAUCAAACGCCACGAGGCCUUCGAGAAGUCCGCCGCCACCUGGGAGGAGCGCUUCUCCGCUCUGGAGAGGCUGACUACGCUGGAGCUGCUGGAGGUGAGGAGGCAGCAGGAGGAGGAGGAGCGGCUGAGGAAGCCUCCGUCUCCAGAGCCGCCCGUCGUUCAGCAGGAGGAGCCUCAGCAGCAGAGUGGUGUGAUCACUCAGAAUGGACUCCCCUCAGACCAGGACUCUCCUAAGGACGGCGUGGACGGUGGCGAGCUGGUGAAUGGCGUUACCGAUCGAAGCUCGAAGGAGCCGAGCCCCGGCGCGUCCCCGACCACCGGCAGGAAGAGCAAAACCAGCCAGUCGUCCACGCUGCCCUCCAAGAACCAGGAGACCUCGUCCCAGCUGGAAGGCCUGCUGCACCGAAAACACGAGUGGGAGGGGCAUAACAAGAAGGCGUCCAACAGGUCGUGGCACAACGUGUACUGCGUCAUCAACAACCAGGAGAUGGGUUUCUACAAAGACAGCAAGGCAGCGGCCCAGGGCGUCCCGUACCACAACGAAGUCCCCGUCAGCCUGAAGGAGGCGACCUGCGACGUGGCGUCAGAGUACAAGAAGAAGAAACACGUCUUCAAGCUCAGACUCACUGAUGGAAAUGAGUAUCUGUUCCAAGCCAAAGAUGAAGAAGAGAUGAGCACCUGGAUCCAGGCCAUCCUGAACGCCAGCACGGACCGCUCCAGCGUUCAGGGCAGCCACCCCGGCACACCAGUGUCAGGGCGCGCUCAGACGCUGCCGGCCACCGUCACACUGACCACGGAGUCGAGUCCCGGGAAGAGAGAGAAGGACAAAGAGAAGGAGAAGGAGAAGCGCUUCAGUCUGUUCAGCAAGAAGAAGCAGUAAAGAGGAGAAGACAAGGCGCUUUGGUGAAACGAGUCGGACUCUCACUCUGAAACGCCACAUUUAGCUUCUUUAGAAACAUCUGAUUUCUCAUCUGCUGGAAAUAAAAGAACUGGAACCGGUUUCAGAGCGAGAGCCUAGACCUGGUCUGCUUUUAGCUUCAUGAAGGUCAAUCUGCUGCCUAAACAUCGUUCCUAGAAAGACCUUUAGUUAGUUAAACUAUCUAACUCCACCAGCCGCCGUCCCUCCGUCAUUUCCUGUUCUUUAAAACAAACUGAGUCCCCUGACGUCUGAAACAGGAAGUCAGCUAAGGAUCUAAGCCUCCAUGAAUAAACUGCCAAACCCUCAAACUGUGACACCAAGCUUCGUCUGAAACAUCCGUCCUUUCGCCUCAUUGCAAAAACAUCCCGUAUUCUGCACUCCUCAUGAGCUUUUAGAGGAUGGACGUAGAAAUACGUCCUUUCUUUAAGGACACAAACCCACGACAUCACCACAGAACAGCCAAUGACGGCGGAUGGCGGCUCAGGAGGCUGGAGUGAGGAGCAGAUUUAAAGUUUUCACCAAAGCGGGUGUGUGCGUGUUUUGUGUUUGUUCUCGAUGCAGUUUUAUACGUUUGGUUUGUUUUUCUUCGUGCGGUCGGGCGGAGAGGCGGCACUCAGGACGAACACAGAUACUGUGCCAGAGAGCGAGAGCAGCAUUUACGUGGCGUUUCACCGUGAACCAAACUGGAAAAGAUUCGCUUGCACGCCGAUGAUGACGCGCUGUUUUUCGUCACCGCUGCUCUCGCUCCGUCUCGGUGACGUCAGCGGGGACCACACGCUCUUUUUCUUUGUUUCUUUUGAUUUUUCUACUUUUUUACGUUUCCGUUUUCUUACAUUUUUGUUAUUUUUCUACUUUUUGAAGCAGGUCUGAAUUAUUUCCUCAAUUUUGUGAGGGUGUCUGAAGAGACAGCCUACAUUCUUCCUCUGCCGUUGAGAAAUUGGACCAAUAGUGCUUUUUGUUCGGCUAUUAUUUGAACUUUUUUUGUCCUCUGCCACUCCGAUCUUUUUUGUUUACGACUUUAGAAACAGCCAAUCACCUUAGAGGAAGCGUAUGAUGUAGAAAAGUUCACUUGCAUGCUUCGUCAGGCUCCGAGCAUCGCCUGAAACACUCACCUGAAACUACAAAUCUCUUUUUUUUUUUUUUAAUCUUCGUUGGGACAGAUCCAGAACAGAAAUAAAGACGAGUAUGUAAAAUAAUAAACACUAAAGGUGUGAUGGUGAACGUCCAUGGGGAGGUCCGGGUGAAGGUUGCUUGCUUGUCGUCGGCUCUUGGCACCGCACUGCGUUCGAGAUUUUCUGCUCUUUGAUACUCGUGUUGCUCUGCGUCACUGUAUAUCUAUUGUACUGAACAUGUAUGGAAGUUAACGCCAUCUUAUUGCACAAUCAGAACUACAUCUAUAGGAAUGAUCCAGAAGCUGUCUGAGGCCCCGUAUUUAAACUUAGACCAUAAAGGCUUCUCUCAUGUAUGAAACUGCACCUGUAGACUUUAAAGCUCUCUCUCUGUCAAAUAUGUGCGAUGUCAUUAAAGCUUUUAAACUUU